AUGGCCGAGCCAACAGAUACUGCCGCCACGAGUAAAGGUGAAUCCCUCCCGUGGACUGAGAAGUAUCGUCCAUCGACGCUCGAUGAUGUCGUUGCGCACGAGGAGAUCAUUGGAACCCUUCGUCGGCUGAUGAAUAGCGAUAGCAUGCCCCACUUGUUGCUUUAUGGUCCGCCUGGUACGGGCAAGACGACCACCAUUAAGGCUUGUGCGCACUACCUCUACGGGAAAGCGAGGAUGCUUGCGAACGUGCUGGAGAUGAACGCCUCGGACGACCGUGGGAUUGAUGUCGUGCGGCAACAGAUACGUGAAUUUUGUAGCACCUCCUCCAUCUUUUCCAUGGCAGGGCCGAUGACAUCCUCGACAGCCGCGCCGAGCGCAUCCGGCGCGAACGAGGCUGGCGGGGAAAAGCGCCCCAACGCCCCUCUCCGGCCUUCACACAGCUUCAAACUCGUCGUCCUCGACGAGGCAGAUCACAUGUCGCACGACGCCCAGGCCGCGCUCCGCCGGAUUAUCGAGAAGUACACCCGAAACGCCCGUUUUUGCAUCCUGUGCAACCACAUCAAUCGCAUCAUUCCGGCGUUGCAAUCUCGUUGCACGCGAUUUCGCUUCGCGCCGGUGCGAAAGGCCGCGAUGCUGCCACGGCUACGCCAGGUGGCGGAGGGGGAGGGGGUCGCGUGCACCGCGGAGGGCCUCGCCGCGGCAUUUCACCUCUCCCAAGGGGACCUUCGGCGAUGUUUGAAUACGAUGCAAUCGGCUGCGCUCGCGGCCGGGGAGAUCACCGCCGAGGCGGUCUACCGCGCGACGGGAAACCCCACCCCUGCCGAAGUCGCCGCGAUCGUCGCGGACGCGCUUUCGGGGGACUUCGCGAGCUGUUGGCCGAAACUCGAGGUGGCGGUGACGGAUAAAGGCGUUUCGGUGAUGGAUCUGCUGCGGGAAAUCCACCCCAUUGUGAUGGCGAUGGAUCUCCCGCAGGACUGCAAGUGUUUCUUGCUCACGAAGCUUUCCGAUUUGGAGUACUACUCGGCGGGUGGGGCGCGAGAGGGGGUGGGGCUCUCGGGUAUUUUGGGAGCUUUUCAGCUCGUGAAAGAGGCAGUAACGCAGCGCAAACCGAUUAACGAGGUUGUGGCGGCGUUCGUCCGAUAG